AUGGAGCCAAGCAUGCGGGAGCCGCUGGUGAGGAGGUCGAGCUCCUCAUACCACACCUUCUCUGAGAACAUCAGGAGGGGGCUGGACAAGGAGUACCUGCGGAGCCUCAACAACAAGUGGCUCUACGUGGCGGUGUUUGCUGCUGUGCUGGGGAAUUUCAGCUUCGGCUUCGCCCUGGUUUACCCCUCACCCGUGAUCCCUGCCCUGGAGGCUCACCCCAACCCCGCGCUGAGGCUGGACCGCCACAGAGCAUCCUGGUUUGGGUCAGUGUUCAUGCUGGGGGCGGCGGCGGGGGGGCUCAGCGCCAUGCUCCUCAAUGACCACCUGGGCCGCAAGCUCAGCAUCAUGUUCUCAGCCGUGCCCUCCGCCGUGGGAUAUGCGCUGAUGGCCAGCGCCCAGGGCAUCGAGAUGCUGCUGCUGGGCCGCGUGCUUACAGGCUAUGCUGGCGGUGUGACGGCUGCCUCCAUCCCGGUCUACAUCUCCGAGAUCUCCCACCCCGGGGUGCGAGGCAUGCUGGGCACUUGUCCUCAGAUCAUGGCAGUGCUGGGCUCCCUCAUCCUCUACGCGCUGGGGCUGCUCCUGGACUGGCGCUGGCUGGCUGUGGCAGGGGAGGUGCCCGUGCUCACCAUGAUCCUCCUGCUCUGCUUCAUGCCCAACUCGCCCCGCUUCCUGCUCUCCCAGGGGAAGGAGGAUGAGGCCCUGCGCUCGCUGUGCUGGCUGCGGGGCAGGGACACGGACUAUGCCCAGGAGUACGAGCAGAUUAAGGACAGUGUGAGAAAGCAGAGCCAGCGGAUUUCCUGUGCUGAGAUCAAGGAUCCCUUCAUCUACAAGCCCAUCCUGAUUGCUGUGGGGAUGAGGUUCCUGCAGCAGCUCUCUGGUGUCACCUGUGUCCUUGUGUACUUGCAGCCGAUAUUCAAGAAAAUGGCCGUCAUCCUGAAACCAGAGUAUGACGCAGCUCUCGUGGGCCUGGUUCGGCUGUUCUCGGUGGCGAUCGCUGCUGUGUCGAUGGAUAAAGCUGGGAGGAAGAUCCUUCUCUUUGUAUCAGCUGGAGUCAUGUUGGCCUCCAACCUGACCAUGGGGCUCUACAUCCACUUCGUGCCAUCUUCUCAGAAUGGCACUGUUGCCAAUAGAACCCUGGGAAGCCUUGCCAAUCCUCCUGCUGAGCCCGUCAACUACAUCACCCUCAUCCCCCUCCUGGCCGCCAUGUUCUUCAUAAUGGGUUAUGCCAUGGGCUGGGGGCCCAUCACCUGGCUGCUGAUGUCAGAGAUCCUCCCUCUGAAAGCUCGUGGGGUGGCAUCGGGCCUCUGUGUUGUUGUGAGCUGGCUGACAGCCUUCGCCCUGACCCAGCUCUUCCUUGGGGUUGUGGAGUUCUUUGGCCUCGAGGUGCCAUUCCUAUUCUUUGCCGUCAUCUGCGCCGGGAACAUCUUAUUUACAGGCUGCUGCGUCCCAGAAACCAAACGCAGGUCACUGGAGCAGAUUGAGGCCUUCUUCAGGACCGGUCGGAAGUCAUUCCUGAGGUCGUUCAGGAGGUAGGAGCUGCUGGCUGCAGCAGGCCACCAGUCCACAUGCUCAAGGACUAGAAAGAAAAGGGUUGUGCUGAUAGAGCUGGAGCCUGGAGAUCUCUGCAAAGAUGGUGCUCCCCCACAAAAGGGAGAGAACAGGUGGCAAUGAUUGUAUUGCUUCAGAUGUUGAAACUGCCAGCUGAAACUUGUAAGAUAUCCUCAUCCCAAGUCAUUCAGCACUAUGUACGGCCCUCCAGGCAGCACAUCAGCCCAAGGUAUGAGAGCACGUAACCAGCACCAGGCUGGACAUAAAGUUGUCCUGGAAAAUACAAGGUGCGGCUGUGGACAAGAGCCACCCAAGCAGCCCAAGAGCCCCAGGCUUUGGCUGGAACAGAGUUAACAGCUGCCGCUGUUCUGGCAAACACUCAGUGUGUAGUUGCAAGAAUAAAACUGUUUUGCCUCCAACUGCAAGAUAUUGCCUUGAUUUGCAGAGAAGAGCUGUGGGUGGGAUGGGAGAGGCAGACAAGGGCUGCGAGAUGGG